ACUAACACCAACAUUCUCUCUCUCUUCAGUUGGUGGUGACUCUGGUGGUUGCAGAUGCACAGAGCAAUCGUAAUCAUCAUCCAUCAUUACGAUUAAUCACAUGAAACCUUACCAGUUACCAAUUAUGAACGUCUAUGUGAGUCAGUGACUGAGUGUGAUUCAGAAGAGAGACGAGAGAAUGUUUCGCUUGAGUAAGAACAAGGCUUCUUCGAAAUCUGCAGCUGAUACAAGAUUUGAGUUCAGAUUCUCUCAUUUUAAGGCUCUUCAGGUACCCAAGGGAUGGGAGAAGCUCUUUGUUUCUGUUGUUUCGGUAGAAAGUGGUAAAGCUAUUGCAAAGUCAAGCAAGGUGCUGGUGCGAAAUGGGAGUUGUCAGUGGUCAGAUUGUUUUUCAGAAUUUGUAUUGUUUCCGGGAGAUAAUUCUUCCAAGGAGAUUGAUGAAUGUCUCCUCAAGCUUAUUGUUGCCAUGGGAUCAUCAAGGUCUAGUAUCCUUGGAGAGGCCACUGUUAAUCUGGCAAGUUAUGUGAGUUCAAAUGCUGAAUCUCCACUUUCACUCAAGCUGAGUAAGUGCAACCAUGGGACAGUUUUACAUGUAACUGUGCAGUGCCUUACACCAAGAACAAAAACCAGGGAUAGAGAGUCUAGUGAGACAGAUUCCCAUUCGAAGGCCAUGAAUGAAAAUAAGCAUGAUGUGGCUAUUAAGUCAAAUGGCUCUGAUUGUUCAUAUGUACAUAGUGUUGGAUCUUCCUCUCUUGAAGAUUUGGAAUCUACCUUAUCCCCAGGAGAAGUUGAGACUAGGGCAACGAGUUUCUCUGAAUCUGUAUCAAAUUGCAGCUAUACCUCAGCUGAGGGAUCCACAGGAAGGGGGAACAUAUCCCCAAAAAGCAAUGAUGGACAGAUCCAGGCUGGGAGACAUGACUCAAACAGUUCCCGGAAAAGUGCCUCUAAUAAUGAUUAUCAUGCUAAUAACUCAUCUCCAUCAAAUCAUUCAGCAUUUAGUUCCCUAAGUGUGCAAGAGUGCAGCACACCAUCUUCUAAGAUGACUAAUUUGUCUAAUAAUCGUCCAGAAGGUGCAGAAGACACAAGUGAAGAGCUACGAGCUCAAGCAAAGAUGUGGGAGAUGAAUGCCAGGAAGCUAAUGGGUGAUUUGGAUAUGUUGAGGAGAGAAUUCUCAGAUCAGUCCAAAAAACUGGCAGGUCUGGAAAUGGACCUUUCGACAGCAAAUGUAGAUCGUGACAGUUUGAAAAAAGAAGUUGAAGAUUUGAAAUUGUUGUUGGAGGAUCCAAUACUGAGACACACAGCAUUGGAAGGUUCAAUAUCUCAAGGUGACAUUCCAGACAUUGAAAAAGCACUAAAAGAUGAAUUGAAGUUUCAGAGAGAAUCCAAUGCCGAUUUGUCUUUGCAACUUAAGAGGAGUCAAGAAGCAAAUGCUGAGCUUGUUUCUCUUCUCCAGGAGCUGGAAGAGACCCUACAACAGCGGAAAGUUGAGACUGACAACCUUUCAUCAUUGCCCUCAAGAUUCAGUGAAAUGGAGAGAUCUUUCCAAUUAAGUAUAGAAGAAAAUAAGAGCUUAACAAACCAGCUAGAACAGUUGGAGAAAUCAAAGAAAAAUCUGCUGAUUAAAGUGCAAGAGCUGGAACAGUCAUUGGAGGACAAAAUUCAUGACACUGCGCAUCAGAAGAGUCCAAAUGACAAAACCCUUUCAGAUGUUGAAAUGGAAUAUGAAAGCAAAUUAUCUGCUAAAGAGGAAGAAAUUCUAUGUUUGAAAGCAAAGCUGUCUGAAUCUCUUCCAGAAAGCAAUUAUUCAGAGACUGUGUCCAGACAUAUCGAGGAAGCAGAUCUUAUGCGAGAAAUCGAAUUACUGAAAGAGAAAGUUCAAGAACUUGAGAUGGACUGCAAUGAACUGACAGAAGAGAAUCUGGAGCUUUUAUUCAAGCUUAAAGAAGCAAAGAAAAAUCCUAAAGACGGAGGUCUCAAAGAUCGAUCUUUUGCUAGCUUUGAGUCUGAAAACAACUUAUUUCGAAUCUUCCCUUCAGAAAACAUGCUCCAGGGGAAACACACCAAGAAUAUUAGUGUUGAUGAUAAUGUUCCGACUAAAGAGGUUGAGGCUUUGAAACUUGAUCCAGAAGUCAGAAUAUCGGAUCUGAAUAUGGAAGUGAUCAAUAAAACAUCCGAAAUAGCAAAUCUUGAGGCUACCUUAUCUUCUAAAGAAAAAGAAAUUGGGGUUCUGCAGAAGCACCUGACUGAGUUAGAAGGCAAGGUCAAUGAUCUUGAACGAGAAAAUUUUCAACUUCAGGAACAAAUGGAGAUCUUUACAAAAGAAAGUGAUACGGACUCUAAAUUCUUAUAUCAUUUACAAAAUGAUUCUGCAACUCUCAACAAGAAUAUAGAGUCCCAUGUUUCUGCCAGUGAAACACUUACUAGAAAGUCGUUGGAGUUAGAAGGAAAACAUAAACUGGAGCUCCACAUAUCAGAGAUAGAACAAGAAAAUGAACAGUUGUUAAGGCAAAUAUCUGUAUUGGAAGCUCAUCUUGGAGAUUUGACUAAUGAAAAGGAGUCUUACUUAUCAGAACUAGAGAGCUCUAAGUCUCAAGCUGCAAGGCUUCGGGAGGAGAUGUUAAAGAUGAAGUCUGAGAUGGAUUAUUCAAAGGAAGAUUCUAAACAAAGGGAACAGUAUUGUUCCCUCUUGGGAGUAAGGUUGCAGGAAUCAGAACGAAGAUUUGCUGAUAUCUGUGGAAAAGUGGUAAUCUUAGAAAAGAAAUUUUCUUCAAUCCAGGAAGAUAUUGCAUCAAAAGAGAAGCAUCUUGCGUUGGAGUUAGAUGGCUUUAUUGAUGAAAAUAGAAAACAUAUGGAGCAGGGUCAAAGCUUGUUGAAUCAGAUGCAAACGGAGAAGAUGGUAGAAAUCCAGAGCCUUGAAAAGGAAAUUGAGAACCUCAGCAUGAAACUUGCAGCAACCUAUGAUGAAAAAGAAUUGAUAGCUUCCAAAGCUUUGCUUGAAGUAUCCACUUUACGUACUGAUAAAGCUAAACUGGAAUCUGCUUUUGAAGAAGUUCAAUCUAAACUGAGUUUGUCCAAGACCGAAGUUAAUGGGAUGCAUACUGAAUAUGAACAAAAGCUGAAAGACCUAACAACUGAACUUCUUGAUCUGAAAAUGGAAAAGCAAAUGCUGAUGAAUGAACAUGAAAAACUGUUGAAGGUGGUGGAGGAUUCCAAAUCAAGAGAGCUAAAACUCAAAAGCACUAUAAAUGCCCUUGAGUUAAAACUUACAGUCACUCAAUAUGAAAGGCAAAAAUUCAUGGAUGAGUCUGGAAAUCUAAAGUUACAGUUGCAGCAGACAAGUCAAUUUGAGAAUGAAAUUGUGGCUCUCAGGAAUGAGCUCAACUCUGCCAAUUCUGAGAAAAAGAGAUUGGAAACCUCACUGAGCCUAGCUUCUGAAGUAUGCAAAGAUUUGGAGGCAGAAAAGGCGUCAUUUGAAAUAAAGAUCUCUACCUUGGAGAAGGUUGUCUCUGAAUUGGAGGACUGCAAGAGAACUAGAUCAUCACUUGAAGAAAGGCUUAUGCAGUUGGAGAGUGACUUGAAGGUUAGAGAAGAAACGAGAUGUGUUCAGGAAUCUGAGCUCAGCCAAGUCAAAAGAAUAAACAGGCAGCAUCAACAAACCUUACAGUUGCUAGAGCAGGAAAAAGUUGAGCUCCAGAAAAAAGUCCAAGCUAUUGAAGAAGAAUUGAAACUGCUUAAGGAACAAAAGAGAAACCAAGCUUCUAAGUUAAACAGGAAAGUUUUGCCUGUUCAUGAAGACAUGAAGACCGCAAAAAAUUCUGCGGUGAAGAAUACCACUCCAUACCGCAGUACCAGGAAAAAACCAUCUACUUUGAAAAAUGAGAGAGAAAACAUGAAAGAUCAACUGGACCUUCGAUAUAGUAGCAAAAAUCAGAGUGAGGUGGAAGUGGAAACUGAACAUGGAAUUCUUGAUGAAAGUAUUGAUGCUGUAGAAAUAGAUCCAGUAUCAACGAUUCAGUCACUUGAUAGUUCUCUGGCAGAAGCUACAGAAACGAACAACAUACAUGAAGAUCAACUUACCAGAUCCCAAGGCCACGCAAAUGGUUCAAUAAAAUCAAUGGGGGAAGGAGAACUCGUGACAAAAGAAAAAUUUGAACGUACAAAAUCAAUGCUAGAGGCAGAGUUAAGUGAUAUUCAGGAGCGGUACUUCCACAUGAGCCUUAAAUAUGCUGAGGUAGAAGCUGAGCGUGAAGAACUUGUGAUGAAGCUCAAAGAGGUUAGAAACAAAAAAGGCUGGUUCUCAUAACACACCCAAUUUCUUGCCCUUUGUUUGAGGCCACCAAUCUCAGGUACAUUGUUUCACGAAUUUGAAAGUGUCACAUAGUUUUCAAUAUACAAAAUAGGAUGUAUCUUCUGGAAUGAACCAUUGGGUUAAGAGUAUAUAAUAAACACUAUAGGAGUCAUUGUAAAUAUCAGAAAUUUUGAAGGUAGAAUAUCAC